UCCAUUCACGACGUUGUUCCGGUCGCAUCGAUCGUCGCGAGUGGCGGUUAUCGUGGUGAGGACGAUCAUCGGAAGAAUCAUCAUUGGCGUCAUCAAGAUUAACCGUCUCGUUUGGAAAUAAUCGAGCCGUUUUGAGUCUCGCCGAUUCGGCAAGAUGACCGCUAUACCGGGAACGGUGGCGUUCGACGAGUACGGCCGGCCCUUCAUCAUCAUCCGUGACCAGGAGAAGCAGCGACGCCUCACCGGUCACGACGCGAUUAAGUCGCAUAUUCUGGCAGCACGCAAUGUGGCAAACAUUCUAAAAACAUCUUUGGGGCCUAAGGGAUUGGACAAACUGAUGGUGAGCUCAGAUGGAGAUGUCACUGUAACCAAUGACGGCGCGACAAUCUUAAAGAAUAUGGAUGUAGACCACGAAAUUGCCAAACUGAUGGUGCAACUGUCAAAUUCUCAAGACGACGAGAUUGGUGAUGGAACUACAGGAGUAGUCGUAUUGGCUGGUGCACUUCUGGAACAAGCUGAACAGUUGUUGGACAAGGGAAUUCAUCCAAUCAGAAUUGCUGAUGGUUUUGAAUUGGCAGCCAAGUGUGCGACUGAGCAUCUCAGAACUAUAACGGAAGAUUUUAAGGGAACCCCAAAAAAUUUGGAGCCUUAUAUUGACAUAGCUAUGACCUCGUUAGGUUCAAAAAUUGUUAAUAAACAUCACAGACAGAUGGCGGAAAUUGCUGUCCAAGCUGUAUUGGCAGUUAUGGAUCCUGUAACUCGCGACGCUAAUUUUGAACUAAUCAAGAUAGAAGGAAAGGUUGGUGGGAGGUUGGAAGAUACUGUCUUGGUACGUGGUGUUGUUGUCGACAAGGACUUCAGUCAUCCACAAAUGCCGAAGAGAUUAGAAAACGUCAAGCUGGCCAUCUUGACAUGUCCGUUUGAACCACCAAAACCCAAAACAAAACACAAGUUGGACGUCACGUCGGUCGAUGACUACAGAGCCUUACGCGAUUACGAGCGCGAGAAGUUUACGGAAAUGGUGAAGCAAGUCAAAGCUGCCGGCACGACAUUGGCUAUUUGUCAGUGGGGCUUUGAUGAUGAAGCUAAUCAUCUCCUGCUGCAGAAUAACUUGCCUGCAGUUAGAUGGGUCGGCGGUCCAGAGAUUGAACUUAUUGCUAUUGCGACCGGUGGACGCAUUGUACCUCGCUUCGAGGAAUUGACGCCAGGGAAACUUGGUCAUGCUGGUGUUGUCAGGGAAUUGACGUUCGGCACAACGAAGGAUCGAAUGCUAGUCAUCGAGGAAUGCCAAAACUCUCGUGCUGUGACAAUCUUUAUUCGCGGCGGCAACAAGAUGAUUAUCGAAGAAGCGAAACGAUCGUUACAUGACGCAUUAUGCACUGUACGUAAUGUAGUGAAAGACAAUAGGAUUCUUUAUGGUGGAGGGGCGGCGGAAAUUUCUUGCGCGCUGGCAUGCAUGGCGCAGGCUGAUAAAAUCAGAACUUUGGAACAGUAUGCCUUCCGUGCCUUUGCUGAAGCUUUAGAGAGCGUUCCCAUGGCGCUCGCGGAAAAUUCAGGCCUUUCUCCGGUUGAUACUAUAGCGGAAAUUAAAGCGCGUCAGUUAGCCGAAAAAAAUCCUGCUCUUGGUAUCGAUUGCUUAAAUCGAGGCACAGCGAAUAUGAAGAAACAGAAUGUCAUCGAGACAUUGACGAGCAAGACGCAACAAAUUUUAUUGGCUACGCAACUUGUGAAGAUGAUCCUGAAAAUUGAUGAUAUACGCUCACCUCACGACCACGGCGAUAUUUAAAAAUUUAAGUUUAAUUAUGUUUUAUUAUAUUAAAUGUUCCAAUUGAUAUCUAUGUGUUGCGUUUAUUUUUAGAUUUGUAAUAAUUCAGAGCUUCAAUUAGUUGAAUUGAAAAUUGUUUCACGUCUCUUUUGCUACAAUUUGUACAAUAUAUAUUGAGAUACAUUAUCUCUUGUAUAUCAGUAUAAAGUAAUAUGAUCAAGUGAUAUCUGAUUUACAGGCACGUUUGUAUUUGCUAUACCUCUUUCAAAAGAAAAUAUAUUAAAUUUUUUUAUAUAGC